CGAGAUCAGCGAAGUGUAAAAGAUUGCUCAACUGAAUUUAAUUUUCAACACUCAAUCGAUAGUCAUAGCGGUGAAUACUCACCACAUUCAACACCUUCCAUAACACACCCACCGCCAACGCUCGGUCAAGCCGAGCACGAUCUACUCAAACAGUUUGCUUUGCUUUUCGGCCCCGAAUCCGAUGUCAAUACAUAUUAUAUAUUAGAUUCAGAUGUUGAUGGUGAUGACGAAGACACUGGCGGUAGGAGUUCGUCAGCAAAUGUGCAUAUCGAACAGACGACUGCCGAAAUUAAUCAGGUCGGUUCACCACUCGAAACCACCCGCACAACGCCGACAAAGAGUGUGACCAGCUCAAUGACAAUUUCACCAGAAUCACCAUCGUUUACAGUUAACGAGGCGCAUCUACCGCACAUACCAUCUUCAUCUACAUCCAGCUCAUCCAUGUACGCCAUACGCACGCCAUCACCAAUACGAUUUCGUCUAUUGGAAUCGCCAAGCUCCGAUAUCGACGGCAUCACCCUUACCGAGAUGGUGGAGGUACAUUGCCCGCCGACGAAAGCACUCGACGUUAGAGUGAAUAUGGAGCAUUUGUUGGUUGAAGGUCAAAGCGGGGUUGUUGGCGUCAAUGUCACCGAUGAGUUUCCGAGUCAAAAUAAUAAUACAUCCUGUUCUAUGUCAUCCACCCUAACAGAUAGCAAAACUGUUGAUGUACGAACACCGAUAGUAGUUUAAGCUUGUGUUAAAAAAUAUGUCUGUAUGUUUGAAUGUGGUAACCAUGGUAUUUAAUUGGACCUAAGUUGGUAGUGGCUACAUCCUACAUGUGCUUGAACCCCGACAAGAUUAGUUGAAGUGCAGCAAAGCCACAAAAAUCACAUAGAAGAGUGUAAAGCAACAAAGCUAAUUGUGGUAAAUGAGGCGCAAGUAUCCUACUCGUAACCAGAAGCUUAGCUUCGUAGUUUGUUAAUUAAUUGUAUUCAGGCUUGUAAAUGUAAUUAGGCUGCGAAAUCAAACGUCAAAACAAUUAUUACUUUCUACUGUCGAAUGGUUUACGGAGAGCUGAAUAACUUAGUUAGUCACUUUGUUUAGCAAUUUUAUUGGAAAUUAGGGGUUAGCAUAGAGGUGUUAUAAAGGUGGGUCUAGGAAGCAAGUUGUUUCGACAGGUUUGCACUAUAUGCAGAAGACUCUGAGGUAUGUCUAAAGCUGUGUAUACGGUAGAUGGAGUCUUAGGCUCAGGUAGUGUGUAAAGAAUAGCAAGACCCCAAGCGUCUAGUGGAGAUGGGAAUGAAAUGUCUCCUUUUCCACAGUCUCACAAUACACAGGGAAAGGUCUCUUUCUUACAUCUUGAUUUUGUUUUUUUUUUUGUCGACGGUUGACCCAUCUUUUAGCCUUUUUUAUCGAGGGUUGCAACUUGAACUGUCGAUCAUUAUGUAAGAAAAAUAUUCAGAUCCGUUGAAGACGUGAUUAACGAACUGAAUUUAUAGUGAUAAGUCUGCUUUGUCGUAUUGGUUAGAGAUCUAGCUAAGAUUUGUGAAUUCAGCAUUCAUUAGCAUUAUGAUGUUAUAGUAAAAGAACUGUGAAUUUUAAGGGAAAAAAGUUGUUUUUUUAGGUUAUAGAAAUUAGUACAAGUAAAGAAAUUUCGCAAUGUGUGUAGAAAAAUUAUAAUGUUCUUUUCUUUGACGUCAUAAAACUGUUUAGAUUGCCUUAGAAGAGUGUCAAAAAGUUAAAAAUGGCUUGCUUGUGAGUUCACAGAUAUUACCACUUGGCCUCUUUUACCAUAAAUUGCUUUGUUAUUACUGUUAUAAUUGAAAUUUACUCUACUCGUAUAUGCUACAUUAAUUUCGUCAAUUUAUUUCCGUAUAGAUGCCAAGAAAAUAUUAUUUGAAUAACAGCUUUCAAUAAUUUCAUAUUAUUUAUUAAAAUUAUUAUUUUGAAAGUUGUAUACGUCAGGAACUAUGGAACCUGACGUACAUAUACCACGUUCAAAAUAAUAAUUUUAAUGAAUAAUGUUGUUCCUGAAACGGUGUAAAAUACGCUCUGAACAUUUUUUAGAGAAUCAGUGUGUUAUAUUCUUAUGGUUACGGCUGGAUUCUAGCGCUUGUACUAUCUUUGGCAUAUUUUACACAUACAUUUCAUUACAUACAUACAUAUGUAAAUUCAUUUAAAUAUUUAUGUACAUACAUAUGUAUAUAAUGAAAAUUAAGAUUUUUCUCUGAUUUCUUGCUAAAUUUGGAGACAAAAGGAAAAAGCAGACUCUUUACAGUCAAUUGAAAGCGUUUGAACAAAACCUUCUUACAGCAGUACUAACACAAAUUUACGCUUGGAUCUGACCAGGGUUGCAAAUACGUAAAAAAAAAAAUAAUUCAAUUAUUUUUGGAUUAAUAUUGUUAUUUUUCAUACUGAAAAUCUUAAUUAGUAAUAAUUUUCAAAUUGGAUCCCAAAAUCCAAUUUACAAAUUAAAAGUAAUUAAUCCCAAACACCGGAUUUUCAUUGGAUUGGAUUGGUAGAAACCAAGCACCGCUUUGAAUAAUUAAAAAAAUAAUAGUAAAAAUCCCAAAAAUCGGUUUAAAAAUAUAUUUUUAUUUUUUAAUCCCAAAUACCAGAUUUUCAUUGAACUGGAUUAGUUUGGAUGGGAAAAAACAAAGCACGAGUGUGAAAAAUUAAAAAAAAAUCCCAAAAAUCGGCUUAAAAAUAUCUUUUUAUUUUUUUUUUAAUCUCAAAUAUCGGUUUGAAGUUUGGUUUAAUUUUGCAUGACUUGAAAUAAAAAAUUAAAAUAAAUUGUAAUAGAAUUUAAAUUUUUUCACUCUUGUGUACUUCGUGUUUAACCAUUUUGAUUAACUUUUGCAAAGAAAAGCUUAUUUAAAAAAAAUACAUGGUUUUAUUUUUAUUUAACUGCUUUUAAUACUAGUCUUUCAAUAAGAAAUUUGUAAACUUUUUUAUCCUUUUAAAUUAUAGUUUUUAAUUUAAAAAUAUUUUUUUUAUUUUAUUACUUUCAUUUUAAAAAUAUUUUCUCUAUAGAAAAACAUCCAAACUGUUUGGGAUUAAAAAUUAUUCUUUUUUUAUUUUUUAAUUGUAAUUAUUAAAUAAUAUAAAAAAAAUUUAAAUUUUUUAUCUCAAAGAGUGUUUAAUCCUAAUACCACAACAUCAGAAUUAAAAAUUAAAUUAAAAAUUUAAAUUUAAAUCUUUAAUCCAAGGUGUUGGGAUUUUUAAUUCUGUUUUUGGGAUUUCAAAUUUUAAAUUCAAAAAUUUUGGAUAGAAAAUGAGAUUUUAAUUUUAAAUUUUUAUUAUUAAAUUUAAAAACGAAGUUUUCAAUUUUUUCUCUUAAACAUGAGAAUUUAAUCCGAAAAUCGGAAUUAAAAAUUGAAAACUCAAUUAAAAAUUUAUAACAAAAUUUUCAAUCCCAAGUGUUGCGAUUUUUAGUUCUAAUUUUGGGGUUUCGAAUUUUAAAUUCAAAAAUUUUGCAUAGAAAAUUAAAUUUUUAAUUCCAAUUUUGGGAAAUUUGGAUCGAAAAUUAAAUUUUAAUUUUCAAUUUUCAUUGUUAAAUUUAAAAACAAAGUUUUAAUUUUUAUUUAAUAUGAGAUUUUAAUCCCAAAAUCAGAAGUAAAAAUUGAAAAGCAAAUUAAAAAUUUAAAAUAAAUUCUUCUUAAAUAAAAAUAAAUUAAAAAUUUAAAAUUAAAUUUUUAAUCCAAUGUGUUGAGAUUUUUAGUUCUAUUUUGGGUUUUAGGAUUUUAAAUUACAAAAUUUGGAUCGAAAAUUAAAUUUUUAAUUCCAAUUUCGAAAUUAAAAUUUACUUUUCUAUUUGUAAUCACAAAAUCGGAAUUAAAAAUAUAGUUUUGGGAUUUCGAAUUUUAAAUUCAAAAAUUUUGGAUUUUGAAUUUAAAAAUUUUGGAUUGAAAAUUUAAUUUUUAUUUCCCAAAAUAGUAUUAAAUAUUAAAAAUCUUUGUUUUAAUUAAAAAAUUCGCAACCCUGGUCUUCAUGCAAUACUAUCGAUAAAUGCAUUUAUCGUGACUUUCUGUUAUUAAUUUCCGGCAGGUUAUUCGUUAUAUUUGUGCUUGAUAUGUGUUUCAUAAAAAUUAAUAUGGCUGCUAAGAUUAAAUGUCAGUUUACACAAAAUCUUGAAAUUAAUAUAUAAAAUUUUAAAUAUUUACUUUUUUUAUUAUUAUAUUUAUUAGUUGGAAAGGUACUAAUUUCUUAUAAAAAUUUAAUCUAAGUAUUUUGAAAGCCAAACUAAACCAGCUCUAUGAUAAAUUUGUAUGCAAUUAAUGCAAGUAACAGAUAUUCGAUAUAUGUUUUUAAUUAUAUUAUGUUUAUGUAUGUAUAUAAAAGAUGGCGUUUGCUUAAAAUAGUUAAUUAUGAAUGAAAAGUGUAAGCAUGUUGGGCAAUUUUUUUCACUUCGUUGAAAAAGAAACGUGAUGCAAUAAAUAAAAGGUAGAAAUAUGCAAAUUCUUUAGAAUGCGUAACAGUUUAGAAUAAGCUAGUUUGCAAAUUGUACGAUAUUUAAUAUUUUCUUUGAUUUUACGAUUUUUAUCAAUACUAAACUUUUCUCAAUACUGCACUUUUACUAUUUUUCCUCCUUAAAACGCAAGAAUUUUAAAUUUAACUUUGCAUAAAGAAGUUUGAGUAUAGUUAAUUAGGUAAGAUAUGCCUGUGUCUGCAUAAAACAUGACAUGUGUGUUAAAUUAAAUUGUUUGUAAAUGUAAGCAUUUGAUGUACAAUACCAACUGACCAAUAAACUCGAAUGAAAUGAUGAAUAAAUUGUUAACAGUUUUGAAAAAAUAAAUAAAUAAAUAAAGCAAAUAACAUUAUAAAUGGUA